AUGUUCUCGGCUGGGGUGACCGAGGUGUCGAUUCCAGCCGAAGGCGAAGUGGUUGAAAACUCAGACAAGUCUGUGGAACAGAACAUGACCACGAUUGUCGAGCACGCUGACUCGAACGUAUACGCCGAAUGGGUGACUUCGAACAACUUUCUCCGUGCCGGCCAGGAGCUCAUAGUAAUCCACAGACCAGCGGUAUCUAAUGGGAACAGCAAUUGGCCGCUUCGGUCGAAUUCCGUUGCUUCCGCGCAAGACCAAGAGGAAUCUAUGCAGAAUCAAUCGCUUACGUUGUUGCAAGCCAAUUCGAAGCGGAAAAAGGACGAUGAGCCUGGUAAGAAGAAACGUUGGUACAGGCAGAAAUUCUGUGACUCCUGGCUUUCGGAUGAACGAUUCAAGGACUGGAUCGGCAAAGUGUCCGAUGACGUCUACAAAGUUUAUUGCCGCUUCUGCAAAGUCGAACUCCGUGCCGGCUGCUCAGAGCUCCUCAAGCACUUGAAGACGAAAUACCACAUCGAUGCCACGAAUCAAGAUCGGUCUUCUCCGAAAGAACUCUGUUACAUUGUCGAGCAGCAGGUCGAGGAGCACCAGGUGGACAUCGAGCCCGGCUCCGUCGAUAGUUCCCAACAAAUCGAACAUUUCUCGAUCCAGGAGCAAAAAUUCGAUUCGGUUGGCGAUGGCCAAGGGGUAGAGCAGAUCUGUGAAGCGAAUGAAGUGAGGAGGGUUCAAAUUCUGAGGCCGAUCCCAGCAUUCCGGACUCCAGCCAUCGUAGACGGAGUUCUGAAAGAGAUAAGUCUUCUCGAUUAUCUUGGGCGGUUCGUGCUGCUGACUUUUUACAUCACAGAUUUCGAACACAGUUCAAUUAAUCUCGUUCAAGAACUUAUAUUGCUGCAAUCGGAGUUCGAGAAACACAACUGCGUCCUUCUGGCAGCUUCUGGCGAUUCUGUUGUGACGCACAAAGCCUGGAUAAGUUCCAUUUCGGACAACGGUCCCAAAUUCCCGAUCCCUUUGAUAGGCGACUACAACAAGAGUGUCGCUAAAUCGUUCGGGGUCUACGACGAAGAAUCGGGUUGUGCUAUCCCCUCGACGUUCCUCAUAGAUCCCAAAGGGCGGCUGAGGCAUAUGACCGUCAACGAUCUCAGCGUGACCGUAUCACCGGGUCAACUGGAAAACUGCCUAAAAAAUCUAAAAGUCAUAGAUUCGAAGAAAAUCGAAAGUCCGCUGAUAUGCUAGGAAGAUUCCCAUGCAAAUUUGUACAUUUAACGUCAUUGAGAAUAGGCUGCGUCGUUGUGUAAUUAGGAUUGUAAAUAUCAUU